AUGAAUAGCGCCCUGACCAGCUCAAACUCUAAGCAUGUGGUUCCAGAUGAUUCCGAUCAGCCAAAGGCCUUGUUCUUCAAUUAUCACGAGUUUUCUGUAACAGAUUACGCCGAAAUCGGCAAGGAAUGUAGCGAACAUGAAGAAGAGCUCGCUCUGUGUAUUACGCACUUCCCUAACACAUAUGCACCUCUAGACUCUAUCAGAUUUAAGCAGACACGAAUUGUGCGGAUUCCCAGGCGAUAUGAAGACAAUCUUGACUGGCCGGUGUUUUGUACGCUGCUCCCUGGACACGAGCCCGCGGCCCUUGUGAACCAAGAUGGCAGUUUGCAGUUCGUGCCUUACGGUUUCUACGAAAACCAGAUCUAUGGCCUGUCUUCUGUUAGCCCUUUAAGCUCCUAUCUUAGCCCCGAGGAGUUCAAAGAUAUCGUUGAAACCGUAAACAUGUAUUUACGACAGGGCUACGAUCCGAACACAUGGCGCAAUAUCAUAUCUGCUACUUUUGAUGUGCUAACUUUCAAUCUAUGGAACUGUCUAAUGAUCCGACUUGUUUCAAGUCCCUUGCUCAAGCUGGAGAACUACGUUGAAACGCUGAACAAAUCUAAACUUUUCAAAAACAAAAACAUAAGGCUAAUUUCCCCGAGAAGGUCGGGAUUUCUCUCGGUAUGUUAA